AUGAAAAUUGAAAAUACAACUGAAAAUAAUGUAGAGCUACUACUUCAAUGUAGAUGGCGUAAUUGUUAUCAAUCUUUUCCCAAUUAUAAUCGUUUACAUGUACACUUACUUGAAUGUCAUUUGAAUAAUGUACCUGAGUUUGUCUGUUUAUGGGAUUCUUGCCGAAACAAUAUAUUUCAAGAAAACAACCAGUUGUUGCGCCAUACACUUCUACAUACAUUUUUUGAAGAUUGCAUAGUAAAUACUACUAAACUUCUUAAAGCUCACUAUAAGGCAUGGAGUUUUGUAUGUUGUGGAAUAAGUUGUCAAAAACCGGCAUAUCUUCAACGAUCAACUGAAAAAUUCUUAUGGAAUCCUAUAAUUUUGAGCAGAGGCUUUGACUGUCAAUGGAAAGACUGUGACUACACGUAA